AUGGUGGACUGGAACACUGACUACCUUGCUGCUGGCGGUAAUCGCCAUCCGUCGGCUGCUGAUUGGGAUCUGGCAAGUGGACUACUUGCCUUCGGCGCAGAUAGGAAUGUAGCACUUUGGUCACCACAGGAUGAUGGCUACCAAGGCGUCACGGCAUUGUUGCAUGGUCACACCGAUAUCGUGAACGUAGUCAGAUUCUUCCCAGCCCAGGAAGCAUUUUCUCAAACAAUACUUAGUGGUUCUGUAGACAAGACUAUCCGGGUGUGGCAAGCUAAAACAGCAUCUCCUACCGGAUUUGAUCUAGCAGCUACUUUAGAGGGCCAUGAGAGCUCUAUAAACUGCCUUGCAGUCUUCAAAGGAACAGAUAUCUUCGCUUCAGGAUCUGCUGAUGCAACAAUCAGAAUCUGGCGUAUUGAAAGCCUAGGGUAUGGAAUGAGUGUGAAAAAACUGCAGACAAUCCAAACAAAGCCCCGAUUUUUUCCACUUGCACUGGCACUGCACUCGUUAGGUGCGGCAGAAGACCUCGUACUUGCUGCCGCCGGUACCAAGAGCAUUGUGCAGAUCUACGUGGCGUCGACCGAUAGCCAAUUUUUCCAUCAAGUCACCUUGCCCGGCCAUGAAGGCUGGAUACGAUCUUUGAGUAUCACACAGGAGAGCGACGUGGCGGACAGCGAUCUCCUUCUGGCGUCCGCAAGUCAAGACAAGUAUAUCAGGCUGUGGCGUAUAAUACAAGAGAGACCGAAAGACAAUUUGGAAAGCGUAUCAGCUUCCGGGAAUCUCGAAAAAUUCCUGUCUAACAAGGCACACAAACUCAAAACUUCACAGAAUUCAUACUCAGUCUCAUUUGAGGCUUUACUCUUGGGUCACGAAGACUGGAUAUACACUAUCUCCUGGCGUCUUGGUGAAGAGCGUCUUCAGCUGCUUUCUGCGUCUGCGGAUAACUCUCUAGCAAUCUGGGAAUCCGAACAGAGUUCAGGAGUGUGGGUGUGUACUACUCGACUGGGUGAGAUAAGUGCGCAGAAAGGAUCUACCACAGCAACUGGAAGUACGGGUGGCUUCUACAUCGGCCUCUGGUCACCGAAAGGAGAUAAGCUAAUAAGCCUUGGACGGACGGGGAGUUGGAGGCUGUGGAACUACGAUUUGGACCAGGAUCGCUGGCUGCAAGGAAUUGGCAUUAGUGGACACACAAAAGCGGUAGCGGACGUGGCCUGGUCGAAGGAUGGCUCCUAUCUCUUUUCCACUGGAUCGGAUCAGACUACACGACUGCAUGCGGCGUGGAAGCGUGGAAGGAAAUGUUCUUGGCAUGAGAUGGCAAGGCCACAAAUUCACGGCUACUGCUUGAACUGCAUAGAUUCAAACGGUCAAAUCGAGUUCAUCUCUGGAGCUGAUGAAAAGCUCCUUCGCGUAUUCGAAGAACCUAGAGCGACAGCCGAUCUACUUGACGCUCUGUGCGGUAUCCACACCAACGUUGAGCAAACUUUGCCAGAUGCUGCAAACAUUCCGGUCCUGGGACUGUCGAACAAGGCAAUUGAAAGUGCCGCAGAUGAAGUGCCUAAUACCAAUGGGCAUGCCGACGCAGAGAAUCUAACAUCUACAGCACAUGGCCAGACGCUCAACGAAGAUCAUCCACCUCUGGAGGAUCAGCUGGCAAGACAUACGCUCUGGCCAGAGAAAGAGAAGCUUUAUGGACACGGCUAUGAGAUUUCUGCUGUCGCAUCCAGUCAUGAUGGCACGGUGGUUGCUACGUCUUGUCGAGCAAGCUCAUUAGAACAUGCAGUAAUACGCCUUUACACGACCAAAGACUGGCGUGAGGUAAGGCCAUCAUUGACUGCUCAUUCGCUAACGGUUACUGCUUUGUGCUUCUCAAGCGACGACCGGUAUCUCAUCAGCGUUGGCCGAGACAGGCAGUGGGCGGUAUUCGAGAGAGAUUGUGUCCGACCUGAAGAGUACUUGUUGAAGCAUUCAAAUCCCAAAGGCCAUUCAAGGAUGAUACUUGAUGCUUGUUGGGCUCCUCUAGAAGCUGGGAGGGUGUUCGCUACGGCUGGUAGAGACAGAACGGUCAAGAUAUGGAGUAUAAGCGCAACGGGUACAGAAUGCACGACAACGAUAACAGCAGCUUCUUCUGUAACGGCGGUCGACAUAUCUUCUCGGUUUUCGCAAAACAACAUGGUGACAGCAAUUGGGACCGAGACGGGUAACAUCACUCUCCACAUAUUGAAGCUUCCUAAUUGGACGGUGAAGCAAAAGUUCGAGCUUGAUAACUCGUAA